AUGGACGAUCUCAAUAAAAUCGCAGUUAUAUUAUUAUGUAUAAAUGCAUUAUUUGGAUUUUGCGCGGAACAUAACACAAUACAACAUUACUGUACGGCAAAACGUUGGUCGGACUGCGAUUAUUUUAAGGAACUCGACGGACGAAUCUGGAGAAUUAUCCGGGUCAAAAGAAUAAUAAACGAGACGGAUACGGAAUUGAACACUGCAAAACGGUCGACGGACACGUCGAAAGCGAGAGCGGCGGAGCACGACCCCAAACGACUAUCGUCAAAAGAAUGGUUCACGACAAGCCGCGCGGACCGAAAAAAUCUGACCGGUAACACGAAAAAAUCGCGGAAUAAGACCGAAAAACUAACCUUUAGUGUCAAAUACCGACGAAGAAGAUGUCUAAGUUGCGUUAUUGUAAAAUAACAUUGGAUGUAAAAUG